CGAUAACCCCCACAGAAGAAGAUUCAUCUGUGCAAAAGGGGAGCGUCAGUAAUAUGACAGCCUGAGAAUAAUAUUGUCGCAGUAUUAUAUGCACCAUUUCACUGCUUCGCUAAAGAUUGGUAUUUUCUAACGUAAUGACAUACUUUGAAUAAGACAACCUUGUAAUGGCGUGCCCUUUUCACCAGUCAGCUGAGCUGAACCCUGCGCUGCUGGCAUUGGACUGGCUUCUCGGGGUCUGGGAGUCCGAUGAGCCAGGAGAGGGCUCAUUCUCCUCCAUACCGCCUUUCCGCUACAACGAGAGACUGCACUUCUCCCAUGUGGGCCAACCAGUCAUCAACUUCAUGUUUAAUGCAUUCCAUGCUGAGAAUAAGAAACCUAUGCACAGGGAGUGUGGCUUCAUCAGAAUACAACCAGGCGGCAACAGAGUAGCCUUCAUUAUAGCACAGAACUCAGGCCUGGUGGAGAUUGAGGAAGGAGACCUGACUGGACAGCAGUUAACUCUACACACCCAUGCCCUGGCCAGAACCUCCUUCGCUAAAGAACCCCAUGUACAGCAGAUUUCCAGAGUGUUCCAGCUGAGACCGGAUGGGAAGCUUGAGCAGACUGUCUCCAUGGCGAUGGAGGGUGGGCCACUUAUGCAGCAUUUGCACAUCACCUACCGCCGCUCCUCUUGACCACCAGGAGGUGACGGAGUAAUAACAAGCACUAGACUUUGUUAAUUUGAUUUCCUGACCCUUAAUUAAUGCUGAUCUAGGUUAGUGUUGUGUUUUCUCCCAUUGGGGUUUGGGGAGGAUAAACCGAUUCUAGAUGUGGUCAUUGUGCCAAGACAGCUGCUUGUGUAACAAGUGAUGUUGAAGUGUGUUCAGCCCUUAAUUUAAUGUUACUAUAAUCAAGUUGUCCUUCUCAGAGGCUGUAUUGAACCCAAUGGAUAAGUGGAAUAAAAACAAUCUAAUUGGU